AUGAACACCAGCUCUCCUGUCACGUUUCUUUGCAUUGCAACGCAUGGCCUGAUUGACGGCCAUCUGCCGAGUGGUGUGCGAAGACAAGGCGAAGUCGACGUGCCUAUACUCUCACACGAGGGAUUCGCAGCUAAAGUCGCGCUUGCAGCUGCACCCCGCCACCUCAGGAGUCUCACCCGUCUCCGUGGGCCAGCUGCCCCUGCCAACGCACCAACGCACCAUCGCUCCUGCCUCCGCGCGUCUCAGCUCUGGGCAGGCCAUCCUCGUCCACUGUCUUGGGAACAGCCGUCGCUGAAAGAGGCUCUUGCCCAUCACCACCGCCGGCCCAGCCCAGCGACAGAAAAUCUUCGAGUUGCGACCACCGCCGGCGAGACGUCAUCACCACCACUUUCACCCGCGCAUGCGACCGCCCCAAUCGCCGCCUCCGACCCGCCAUUCCCACUGCCGGCAGAGUGA